GCUCAGCCUUGUGUAUUUUACUAAGUGAUCAGGGAAUGUGACAGAUUAUUCCUGAGUGUUAGAGGAAGGUGUCAGAUAACCAGCAGAGCUCUGCAUUUCACUGCAACCCACAAGGGCACUGUGGUGGUACCAAGAUCCCCCGAGAUGGGGGUGAAAUAUGGAAUGCUGUGGCUUCUGCCCUGCUACCUGUCUGCAUUGAUAAAUGCCCAGAAGGAUAUUGACCAGAAAUCGGUUGAUUGUUACAAUUCAGUGGAUGGAUCAGUCUAUGACUAUGGUGCGCUCACCAUAGAUGGGAGUGUGUUUAUUCCCUUUAAACAGUAUGCUGGGAACACAAUCCUGUUUGUGAACGUGGCAACGUACUGAGGUCUCACCAUGCAGUACCUAGAACUGAAUGCACUACAUGAAGAAUUAGGAUCAAAUGGGUUCACCAUUUUGGGUUUUCCUUGUAACCAGUUUGGACAGCAAGAACCUGGAACCAAUGAAGAAAUACCUCUAGGAAUAAAAUAUGUUCGUCCUGGUGGUGGUUUUACUCCAAAAUUCCAACUGUUUGAAAAAGGGGAUGUGAAUGGCAGAAAAGAACAGAAGGUCUAUACAUUUUUGAAGAACUCCUGCCCCCCUGUGGGUGACACUUUCGGCAAUCCAACUAAUCGGCUUUUCUGGGACUCCAUUAAAAUCAGUGAUAUUAAGUGGAACUUUGAAAAAUUUCUUGUGGGACCUCACGGCCGUCCAGUGAAACGCUGGCAUCCCCGCACACCAGUGUCUCAAGUUAGAAGAGAUAUACUUGCUUACAUGAGGUCGCAGCAGGAUGCCCAGCAAAUUCUCCUGCUGGAAAGUCAGAAGAAAUAGACAUUUGCUGUAGAUGUGUCCAUAACCUUUCCAUCAACUGUAUCUGUGCUUUUGAUGUAUCUUUAGGUGGUCAGGAGGCAGCCUGGGGUAACCUGGACCUCAUCUGUAUGAAGGGCAAGUCCAAAAGCACAAAUGUGUGGGACCUGUCUGGAAACCAGUAGAAUGGCUCAGCAGCUUUUUAGUGCAUUCAAGUUGCUGGGUUACUCUGGGAUGGGUUAUUUGUUAUCUCAUGUCUACCUCCUUGCUACUCAUGGUUUAUGUAACUGAACUUGGUCUGUGCCAGUGGUCAAUAAAAAAGUGUUUCUAAACAAA